AAUCCAACUUACAAAAGACGUAGAUUGUGAUCCCUUCGUACUGAACUAUCAGCUGCUCGUGGUGCUUAAAAAUAAUAUCGAUUGGUUAGCCAUAUAAAAUUGCUUAAAAUUUUCGCAAACGCUAAGGUUUUUGUCGGAUAAAGAAGAUCCACAAAAUCCAUGGUUGGUACUUGCCACGAUAGUGAUAAUAAUUCUUGUUGAAUCAUCAUGAAACUAUAUUUGCUAACAUUCGGAUUAAUUGCGGGAUUUGUUCUCGCCAACGCCGCAGUCCCCGGUGGAGGGUGCUCACUUUCAAGUGAUAGUUGCACCUCACUUUUCUCCGGCUUUCCGCAUGUGCAGAGCGACCUAAACAAAUACACCAAGCAGAUGUUGGACAAGUCGUUUGACUUCCUACUUCUGUCGUCGGUGUUCGAUGCGUACACUCUGGAUCGGCCGGGUUUCGAAAAAUUAUAUCGUAAGAUCUCCGAUAAGGCCUGGGAGGAUACAAUCGAGCUAAUCAAAUACCAAAGCAGACGUGGUGCUAGUAUAACGUUAAACAAAGGUAACGAAAAUUCGGCUGCCGUUCGCGACGUUGAGAGCCUACUGCAGAGCAAUGAAACCUCUUCCCUCAAGUUGGCGAUCCAUUACGAGAAGAUAAUGGCUACCGAGGCGCAUCAUAUUCAUAAGAAGAUUUCUCAUGCCGAAACUGGCAAACAUUACGACCCGGACGUGGCCCACUAUCUAGACGAGAAACUGAUCGAGUAUCAGAGCGGCACAAUUCGGAAGCUUUCUGGCUACAUUACAAACUUAAAUGACAUUUUGAAUGAGGCUAGCACCAAAGAUUUAGGUGUUCACUUGUUCGAUGAUUAUCUGGACAAGGUAGAGUAAACGUUUUGUGAUUGUGCUAAACUACUUUCGUAUAUAUAUUUAUAGCUGAAUUCAACCAUGGAUCAAAUGAUCGCUCAAUGUAAUUUACAAAUUAGUUGGUAGCUUAGAUUUUGAUUCGAGAACUUUAUUUUUUUAUUGGAAUCAAAGAAAUUGACAAAAUUUCUCGAUGCGCCAAUCAAAAUGGUCUUUUCGUCAAAAGACUCAUUUCGAGUAAAACGACUUUGAAAUUGUACGUUUUGUCAUGAUUCUCAGAUGCGUUAAAAUGUAGCCUUUUCGAUUGACGCAUCAAGAUCUUACUUAUCACCAAGGCGAUAGGUUACAAAGUAAAACGUUAUUGCAAAUAAAUAUUUUGAUUCGAAA